AAAUUGCAAAUACAUUCAACACGUAUUUCGCCUCUAUCUUUACGCAUGACUCCGAUAUUGAUCACCAACGACAACAAGAACAUACGGAAACUGACACCACAUCGGAAGACAUAACAUUAACAAACGCUGAAGUGAUGGCUGUGUUGAGAAAUUUGGAUAACAACAAAGCUCACGGCCCCGAUGCAGUUCCUGCGCGACUACUGACAGAAACUGCGUUCCAGAUCGCUCCUUCACUUUGCGCACUCUUCAACAAAUCAUUACGCUGUGGCAUUCUUCCUGAUGAUUGGAAAUUAGCUAAUGUCGUACCUGUGCAUAAGCGAGGUGAGAAAUCCUACGUAGAGAACUAUCGACCAAUCGCAUUGCUUUCACUUAUCUCUAAAGUACUCGAACGUUGCGUCUUUAAUAACAUCAAACAUCAAGUAUUCCAACAAAUCAACCCUUGUCAACACGGAUUUGUGCCAGGAAAUCGUGCGUAACGCAACUUAUUGAAGUAUUUGAACAGAUAGGGCGCAAAUUGGACAAUGGUGAACAAAUAGACGUGGUUUAUUUAGAUAUGUCGAAGGCAUUCGAUAAAGUAAGUCAUACUAAGCUUCUUCAUCGACUACGCGAAUUUGGGUUUCGAGGAAACAUCCUGAACUGGUCCUCAUCGUAUCUCGAUAAUCGUCGUCAGCAAACAACGGUUCAUGGAGCAACAUCAAGACCUUUAGCCGUAACAUCCGGAGUGCCGCAAGGUUCGAUACUUGGCCCAUUGUUGUUCCUAUUGUACGAAAACCACCUCCCCAACACCGUGAACAAUUCAACUAUCGCCACCUUUGCGGAUGAUACGAAGAUCUUCAGAACCAUAAGCUCCACAUCCGAUGCAUCCUCGCUACAGGAAGACCUUACGAACUUUGAAGUGUGCUCCAGCAAUAUCAACCUGGAACUUAACGCUGAAAAGUGCAAAAUUCUAAGAAUUACCCGAAAGCAGAAGAAGAUAGAAUACCCUUACAAGCUUCAUAACAAUGUCUUAGAAAGCACCGACUUUGAACGCGAUUUGGGAGUGUAG